AUCAGCAAACCCCAUGGUGGGCUUUGAGCGGGCAAGGAAACGGAGAGAGCAACAGUAACCGACUUCUCAGCUGGUUGAGACUGGCAGCGGGGCCGCAAUGAAGAAAUCACAGCAAGGACUGCUUCGGACUUUGCUAUUCGACAUCUUUCGACGGUGCCCACAGCUCAUAGCGGAUAAAUACGACAAGCAAUGGCCAGGCUUACCGAACAAGGACGAUGUUCAAUAUCUGACGUGGAAUCUACCGAUGCUUUGCCAGGUCCUUAAACGUCUGAUGCACCAAAAUAAUAUUCCCGUGACCCCCAUUUUUCGGGGGGGCGGAAGGGGGGGAAGAUGCCUUCGGUCAGGAUCCAACGAGGCAAAUACUCAUGCACGAGCUGAAUAGGGGUGGUAUUAUAAGAUAUACCCGCAGCUGCCUUUUGACGCAGUCGCAGGUGUAUUCCUUUGGGCCUUGCUGGUGACCAGACUAUUCCGUGACGGCUUGACAAAC